GGGGUAGAAGUACCUCCCUGGGCCGGGUCAGACUCGGUGUUUACGGGCUACCCUUAGUAGGGCAAGCCUCCCGCUCACCUACGGAAACAGCUGCCGCCUCCCAUCCUCCGAAUGCCCGCCACUCCCAUCUAAGGCUACGUUGCUCUUUGGGACCACGGAAUGCCAGGCUCCGUAGCCUCCAGAGUGGCAAGUGGCAGCACCGUGUGUUUCGACCCAGCCUGUGAACUAAUUCGUGAUAAUUGAACUUGAGCUUGCCGUGGAAGCCAUGUCGCAAGACUCGGGAUAAGUUAGCCCUUUCCCCGAGUGAGAGAAUAAAAUUCCUUUAGGCGGAAUUGCUUCUCGUAGGGCCACUGUGAAAAGGCAACCUCGGCUGGACCGUUUUGGAUGCCACUGGGAUCAUCUUCCUCUUCGAUGCCGCUAUCCUUCCCUUCUCCCUUACCCUCGGUACCAGACAGUAUUUCUAACUCUUCCCCUCCCCCAAUGUCUUACAUCACUUCCCAGGAGAUGAAGUGUAUUCUUCACUGGUUUGCCAGCUGGUCAGGUCCUCAGCGUGAACGUUUCCUACAGGACCUGGUAGCUAAGGCAGUACCGGGAAAAUUGCAGCCACUGCUGGAAAGUCUGGAGCAGCUUAGCGUGUCUGGAGCAAACCGACCACCUUGUAUCUUUGAGUGCCAGCUGCGUCUUUGGGAUCAGUGGUUUCGAGGUUGGGCUGAGCAGGAGCGCAAUGAAUUUGUCAGGCAGCUGGAGGUCAGUGAGCCAGACUUCGUGGCAAAGUUUUACCAAGCAGUGGCUGCUACCGCUGGUAAAGACUGAUAGGCCUUAAAAUCAAAGAAGAUAACCAGAGCUAAUGGAGCCGAGGCCACAACUUUACCAUGAGAGCUUCAAAUGUAUCACUUAAAGGCCUGGGGAUGGUGUCCCGAUCAGCUGACUGAACUCGCUGACCAGUACAGGCCUGGUGAUUUCAACAGCCGAUCAACUGGACUCCUAGUGUGAAUGUUUUCCAUCUAAGCAAAUCCAGAUCAGCAGUCUUUCUCCUAGCUUACUUCUUUCCAAGAGAUGUCAAACCCUCAAGAAUUUAAAGACUUCUUUUACAACUAUAACCGAAAGGAAUCUACACAUUAUAACUCAAGCCUACUGCUGGCCCAUAGGGGUAUAAAGUAGAGCCCUUGUACUGCAGAAACAAGAGAGAAGGACAAUAAAAGGUCAUGUUUUUAUAAUUUAGCUGGAUUCAGAUGGCUGCUUUCACCACUUACCAAAUUCUGGCAUAAUUAUGUGAUAUCCCAACUACUAGCUUUCCUAGUGAUGAUUUAGUAAAAUUAUGGAAAAAUCAGGAGAUGGAGAUAAUUAGCUGCUCCUUCCUCCACAGUGAUGUUUGUUUGAAUCCAAGUAGCAAUGACUUUUUUCUAAAGUAUAUGUGACAUCCUUGGAGCUGGUAUCAGAUGUUCCUAUUCUAUAAGUUUGCUUUACAAUAAUAUGAAAACAAGUGACAUUCUUUACAGGUUGAAGGGUUUAUUUUUUGUAUCAAAAUAAAGAACAAAUUUUCAGAA